CACUACGCCGUGACGCAGUUUCAGCCGACGAGCGCACGCAAAGCCUUUCCCUGUUUCGACCACCCGGCCAAGAAGGCGACCUUUUCCACCAGCCUCAUCAGCCCUGUCGGCCUCACCUCGCUGUCGAACACGCCCGAGCUUUCUCGCGCGCCGUCCUCGGGCGCCUUUGAGCCGACCGACGUCGCGACCGCCGCUUUUCUCGCGGGCGAGGAGGGCAAGCUCGCCGAGCCGUCGAGCGACACGGCGUGCGAGACGGUCGAGUGGGAGCUCGUUACGUUCGAGGACACGCCGCCGAUGUCGACCUAUCUGGCAGCCUGGGCCGUCGGCCGCUUCGACUCGACUGCGUCAUCUUACGUCUCGCCCCUGACCGGCAAGACGGUUCCGCUCACGGCGUACGCCGCCAAGGCGUUCCAGCACAUCGAGCGAGGACAAGCUCGGCGCGCGCUCGACACGCUCGCCCAGGUCAUGCCCGUUUACGAGAAGAUGUUCGACCUCCCGUACGAGCUCGGCAAGCUCGACCUGCUCGUCGUCGACGAUUUCGAGGCCGGCGCGAUGGAGAACUGGGGCCUCAUCACGGGCCGCAAGUCGACGCUGCUGUACGACGACAAGGUCGGCGGCGAAGGACCGCUGCGGCGUGUCGUGACGACCGUCUCGCACGAGGCGGCGCACAUGUGGUUCGGCAACUCGACGACCUUGAGCUCGUGGGACGAGUUGUGGCUGAACGAGAGCUUCGCGACUCUUAUCGGCGAGGUCGUCGCCAUCAACGUCAUCGAGCCGUCGUGGAACGUCCACUCGAGCUUCAUCAAGUUCCACCGCUCGGACGCGCUCAAACUCGACGCGCUGCGCAGCUCGCACCCGAUCCACCUCGUCUGCAACCACGAGUCCGAGGUCCCGCAAACUUUCGACCACAUCUCGUACGAGAAGGGUUCGGCCGUCCUCAAGAUGCUCGUCGAGGUCAUCAGCGAGAGCAGGUUCCUGGCCGGCACGGCGGCCUACCUCAAGGAGCACCAGCACGCGUGCGCGACGAGCCGGGACCUGUGGCGAGCGCUGUCGGCGACAUCCGGGUUCGACGUCGAGAACAUGAUGGACACCUGGGUCGAGAAGGUCGGCUUUCCCGUCAUCUCGGUCGAGGAGGACGGCGAGCAGCUCAAGCUGCGGCAGAACCGCUUCCUCAGCACGGGCGACCCGAGUGCCGAGGAGGACGAGACGACCUGGACGAUCCCGCUCUUCGUCAAGGACGCCGCCAGCUCAGAGCUACCGAGCGUCACCAUCAUGUCGACCCGCGAGCUCGUCAUUCCCAAGCCCGGCUCGCUGUACUUCCUCAACGCCGAGUCGCGCUCAACGGUCCGCAUCGCCUAUCCCGCACCACACGUCGCCAAGCUCGCCGACGCAGCAAAGAGCUCGAGCUCGCGUCUGUGCCUUACCGACCGAGUCGGGCUCAUCGAGGACCUCCUCCUCCUGUCCGAGGCCGGCUACACCUCGACCGUCCCGACUCUCGACUUCCUCGCCACCUUUGCGCCUGCCGAGCCCGACCACCUCGUCUGGGCCGAGGUCGCCUCGUCCUUCAAGCGCUUCGCCGAUGCCUGGUGGGAGCAGCCGACCGAGGAGCUCGAUGCCCUUCGUGCCUUCGCCCGCACGCUGUUUCGCCCAGUCGUCGACCGCCUCGGCCUGCAGCACGCCCCCGACGACAGCCACGACACGCGUCGGUUCCGAACGCUCGUCGUCGCCGCCGCAGCAGCCGUAGAGGACCCCGACAUCCUCACGUGGGUCAAGCACGCCUUCGCAGGCUUCCUGUCGGGCGCCGUCGACCCGCUCGCGGCCGACUUGGCGCCGUUCGUCGUCAGCUGCGCCGUCAAGCACGGCGGUCAAGCCGAGUACGACGCGGCGCUCGCCCUGUUCGGCGCCGCACCCUCGCCGCAGUACCAGAUGGCGGCGAUCCUCGGCUUGACGAGCUCGAGGGACCCGCAGCUGCUGCAGAAGACGGCGGCCAUGAUGACCAGCGGCGCGGCGUCGGCGCAAGACUUGCCCAUCUUCCUCCACGGUCUCGCCGCCAACCCGUCCUCGCGCCGGCUCGUCUGGGCGCUCUUGCAGCAGGCCUGGCCCAUGCUCGAGCAGCAGUACAAGGGCUCGAUGCUCCUUGGCAAGAUCGCCGCCACCGCCGUCGAGGUCUUCUCCUCCGAGGCCGACGCCGCCAGCGUCGAGGCCUUCUUCGCCGACAAGGACACGACGGCGUACGUCCAGCCGCUGCAGCAGGCGCUCGACACGGUGCGGUCCAAGGCGCGCUGGCUCGCGAGGGAGAAGGACGCGGUCCGGGCGUGGCUCAAGAAGGAGGGGCACUUUGCG